AUGGUAGCGGAGCUGGUUCCGGGCCGUCCUGGGACCAGCCGGUGGGUGGUUGGGAAGCUGCGUGAGGAGCGGCCGCUGGUGGUGAAAGAGAAGAAAGACCAGCCUGGACAGCCAGUGGACGCACCAACAGCAGAAAGGCUGAGCUACGUUGAGGGGCUUCGGUUGCAGUCAGCACCGCAGCUGGGAGACCCCGACUUCGUAGACCACAGAAACCCAGUGCGAGGAGGAAUUCCUGCGCACAGUGCAGUGUCAGCAGCGGCGCAAAGAGGGUUCAACCGCUUUGCAAGGCGGUACCCGCACCUGGCACAGCAGGAGAGAAGCAACCCAGGGAGGUCAGCAAGAAGCUCCUACGCAAGGGAGACAGGUGGAGCUCACGCACUACUUGGCGAAGGGCUUGAGCCGGUGGACGAGAACGCUACACAGACAGCAUCUGAGGAGGUGGAGGACGGCAGCAGCAGCUCUUCUUCGGCGCCCACGCACCACACAGAUCACCAGGACAACCAAACCGAGUUCUCAGAAGCCACGCUGACUCACACACCAACAAGCGUGUGGUACAGCGUAGACGAGGAAGAAACAGAGGAGGCCACAGAGCAGGAGAGGAGUCUCAUACACCCCAGCAACGUGCCCAAGCCACCAACGUACAAUGGAAAGAAAGAAGAAUGGGAAAAGUUCAAACACAUUUUCACAGCAUGGUCAAGCACAGUUCAUGGUAAGUAUCCUGAGCUCUUGGAAAAGUAUGGAGCAGCUAAGGAUCCAAGUGAUGAAGCUGCUUUUACCGAAGAAGAAGAUCGUUUGGCAAAAGCGAUGUACACCUUCUUGAUGCAGUAUUGCCCCGAGCCGACAAUGAACGUCAUCGGUCAAGGGCUGCACGAUGCGAAUGGAUUUGAGAUUUGGAGGCGAUUGGUUCGACUCUCAGAACCCUCCUACCGCACCAAGGCAUGGGUGUGGAGGAAACACCUUUCAAACCCAAACUUUCCGUCGGACAUAGCCACGUGGAGCACCGCGCUUCACCAGUGGGAAUCUGAGCUUCGCGAAUAUGAAAGGAUGUUUAGAACAUCUUUUUCAGAAGACGAGAAGGUUUCCAUUCUCGCACAUGCGUCACCAAAAGAAUUGCAACAAAGCAUAUUCAUGCACAGCGAUGCGCUGAAUAGUUAUUCGAAAAUGAGAAACUACAUAGAGCAGCACUUGGUGAACAAGAAUGUGUGGAAACGUCCGCAGGGAUCUCAGUUUGGUUUGACUAGGGUUACCAACAAGGUCGAUGACGGAGGUCCAAUGCCAAUGGACAUCGGUGGAGUUUCCAAAGGAAAAGGUUCCAAGGGUGACAAAGGAAAAGGCAAAGGUGCAAAAGGAAAAGGUAGCUACGACCAGAGUGGAAAAGGAGACAAGGCCUGGAAAUGGCAAAACAGCGACAAAGGUACUGGAAAAGGAAAGACAAAAGGCAGCCAUGAGAAAGGAAAGGGUCAGGAAAAAGGAAAAGGAGGUAAAGGUAAAAGUCAGAACGAGAAAGGAUCAGGCAAAGGAGGCCAGGUGAAUAACCCAGACGCAGGAAAACAAUGCCACGUGUGUAAGAAGUUCGGGCAUGUUGCAGCCGACUGCUGGUGGAAGGUUGGAGCCAUGGAGAACUCAACGCCUGCAAAGGAACAGACGGCUUCUUCCACUGGAGGUUCUGGUGCAGUCGGUGCCGUGUCAGAUCUCUUACCUUCUCCAAACUCCAUGAUUUUCACCGUUGGGGAGUCAAGGGUUUCUGCUGUGAGUAAAACAGGAAACACCAGAUGUCUCUUGGUGGAUUCAGGAGCAUGCGAGAGUGUGGCAAAGCAAGGCGAAAGCGUCCCACUUGAGCUCCAUAGGAAAAGAUGGUAUCUCAAGGUUCAGCACUUCGCCGGUUCAGCAAGUCACGAUGGCGGAUCACCUUCGGGGAAUCACCCGGAAGCCCACUGUCGGGUAGCACAGGUCGAAGCAGGUCAGAAGAUUGAAGAGGAGAAGGAGCCUGAUGAGUGGAGACGAGAGAAGAAAGAUGGCAAGGACUAUCUCAUUCGAGUUCACAACACUCCGAGAUUCCAACUCUUUUCGCCGAGCAAGAUGAAGGAGCUUCCUGGUUCGCUCCACUCCAUCCUGCCAGGAAGAUUGACAAAGAUGGUGUUCAGUGAGAAUGGUGAACAGGCCGAGGACGAAAGUCUUUGGACCAGCCGAGGCACAGCGUCAAAGAGCAUGGGAAAGGAAUGGCUUGGAGAAAGCUGGUUUCUAUUGAAAGAGGAUGAAGAGGAUGAGACAGCAGAAGAGAUUGACGAGAGAGAGCUGAUGCCAGCAGGUAUGGUGAAUGCGGAAGCCGCGCAGGAGGAAUCACUUCGAUUGCUUGGGAAAGGAGCAAGAAGAGAGAAAGGAGAUGCAGAAAGUGAUGGAUAUGAACCCUCCAUAGCAAGCACAGAGGAUCUAGAGAAAGCCAUGGAUGUAGGACAAGGCAAAGACAAGCACCAGAAGCGCAAAGAGGAAUCAAAAGAACACAUCAUCUACUCAGACUAUCUAUUCUUCAACAAGGAUGGACACAUCAUUGACAAGGAGACCGGAUUGAAGCAGAAGGGCUUGGUGACGGUGUUGACAGCAAUUUGCAAAGACAGCCAAUUUCCGUUUGCCAUUGUGGUACUAGCGAAAGGUGGCAACGAGUAUGCUAUCAAAGCGCUGAUUACAUGGAUUGAGGAACUUGGUUGGGACAGAGCCACCAUUCAGGUGGAUCAAGAGAACUCACUGCACAAGCUCUACGAUGAGGUCAAGAAGAGAAUGCCGGAAAAGAAAGUCAAGCUGAGAAAAUCACCUCGCUACAGUUCGCAAUCGUUGGCUGAUGGCGAAAUGGUGAAGGGCUUGAUUGCGGGAAAAGUCAGGUUUCAUAUCAACAAAAGCAGAACGACCCCAUAUCGAAUCAUCUCAGGUGCCGAAUACACAGGCGAGCUGAUUCCGUUGGGAGAGACAGUGAUGGCAAAGUUCCCUCGGGCAGCUCACGAAAAGUCAGCACCAAGGUGGACCAAAGGCAUUUAUGGAGGCAAAACCAGCAGUUCCGAUGAGUAUCUUGUGCUCACGGAGUCGGUCGCUCAGAAGUACCGCACUGUGAGGAGGUUACCAGUUGGUUCUCAGUACCAGAAGGAGACCUUCGACAAGAUGCGGGGAGCACCGUGGAAUGCGGUUUUGGGAAUAACCAAAAGCAAGCCGGAUGCAGUCGUGUCCAGAAAGGCUUUGGUUUUAGCACCAGAACUGGCAAGCGAAGAGGUCUACGACUUCAAGGAAAAGCCAGAGAAGGGACAACCGUUGGCAAUUGAAAUUCCAGCGCCCAUGGUUAGAUUCCGGGAGGGCAAAAGAGAAGAUCGAAAAGAGCCAAAGGAAGCUGCAACCAGCAGCAAAGAAAGCAAGAUGACUGUGGAUGAUGAAGGACCAACGAAGGAGAAAAGAUUGAGAUUGAAGAGCCAGAUCCAAAGAAAGGUCAAGGCAGAAGCAGCAAGAUCAGGGUCAGCGGCAGCAAGUGCCGGACUACCGGAAAGGUACGACAUAGCAACACCAGAAGAUGCGCCAAUGAGCAGGCGAUCAACUGUAGAGGCUGAGGAGCCCGAGGUCAGCACAGCCCAAGACAUGAUUGCGGCAGUUGCUCAGAAUGGGGAAUGGAGAUAUGCAGGAGAGAAAAGAAAGACAGGUGGUCACUAUGACAAGAUACAUGAGUACAAGAGAUGGCUGGAGAAGAACGGUCUACAGUUUAUUGCACAACUUGCCAAGGGCCAAGGCGGAUCUUUCUUCGGCGUUCCUGAUCGCGAAGGACCAGGAGACAGCAAAGGCCAACCAGUCAUGAUGAAACCUCCGCAGGAAUGGUUGGAGGAUUACGAUGUUUGGUUAGCUAGUCAGCCUAAGGAAAUUCAGGACGAGUUGAAAGACGUGCCAGCCUCAGAAAUUGUGUGGCAGGUCGAUGGAAAUUUGUAUGGAAGACAAUCAGCUGCAGUGCAAUACCGCGACAGACUGGAAGAAUACUGA